CACUGACGCAAUAGAUUGAGAAUCAUCAAACUAUACAAUUUACUUGUACCACGUGUGCUACUAUACGCGGUUUAAAUGUAACCUUAAAAUCACAAUAAACAUUAAUCAUGGAAGAAAGUCGAAAAAUUCGUGUUAUGCUUGAAGAAUAUGGCAUACCUAAUGCUUCCGAUUAUACAAACUAUACACCACAACAGGAUUGGAAUUUACAAAAUUAUAAAAAAGAAUUCAAGCUACAAGUUGUUAGAGAAUCUGAAGAUGAAAGGGAAUUAGAAUUCGAUUUAAUUGGUUACCCUGUUGGUUUUGCUAAUGCAUUUCGCAGAGUUCUUUUAAGUGAGGUACCAACAAUGGCUAUAGAAAAAGUUUAUAUUGUAAAUAACACAAGCUUAAUUCAAGAUGAAGUUCUUGCUCAUAGAUUAGGUCUCAUACCACUUCGAGCAGAUCCUAGGUUAUUUGAAUAUCCCUCUUCGACUACUAAGGAUGAAGAUGAAGUAAGUGAUCAAGAUACAUUGAGGUAUGAACUGAAAGUUUCAUGCACCUGGAACCCACAAGCCCCGAAAGAUUCUAGAAGAACAACUGAUAUAUACAAGAAUAGCAAUGUGUACAGCAAAGAAAUUAAGUGGGUUCCAAUUGGACGUCAAGCAGAACUUCAUCCUCAAGGGGCAGAACAAUUAGGUGUUUUAGAAAAUGAUAUUCUAAUAUGCAAAAUGCGACCUGGUCAAGAAAUCCAUGCUUUCAUGCAUGCAAUCAAAGGAAUUGGAAAAGAUCAUGCUAAAUUCUCUCCUGUAGCUACAGCAUCAUAUAGGUUACUACCAGACAUACAACUAAUAAAACCAGUUAAAGGUGAAAUGGCAGAUCGUUUAAAAAAUUGCUUCAGUAUUGGUGUUAUAGAAGUAAUUGAACAUAAGCCAGGUGAUCCAGAUUCACGUGAAGCUAGAGUAAAAAACCCUCGUUAUGAUAGCUGUUCUAGAAAUGUAUUUCAACAUGAAGAUCUUAAGUCAUGUGUACGCUUAAGUAGAGUACGGAAUCAUGUAAUUUUUACCGUUGAAUCAGUGGGAACAUUACCAGCAGCUGUACUGUUUGUGGAAGGUGUUAAAAUUCUUAAGGGAAAAUGUAAGACAUUUUUGGAAGAACUUGAGAAUAUUGGUCAAUAAACAUAUGCUUAAUUCAGUCAAACAAUAUUUUCCUUUUUUAUUAAAUU